AGAGUCGUCACACGGUAUGUUAUAGUUUUAAACUAUACAUUGCCGUCUUUUCUAGAAUAUAAUAUGUUGACGGUGCUACCGUUUGAGCGAGCGCAGCUACAUGUAUAUACAUAUUUUGUAAUGUUCAUGCUUUGAUCAGGUUCAUUUUAAACGAUAUCUAUUUGCCAAAUACUCAGUACACAUUAUGAUCUACAUGAACGAAAUUAGGCAGCAGAAAUAGCCCAUUUUAGUUUUCUCCUAGGUUAAUUAAAACAUAAUAUGUCUUACAGCGUGACUGUGUUUGAGAGAGAAGCAAAAAGUAUUGGCAUUCGACAGGACAAACAAAAAACAAAAAAAACAAAAAACCCGAAGUUAGCACGAGGACAGAGCUUUAUCAAAGCAUCCUAAUUUUGGACAUUUGAUCCGCCUUUCUAUUGAACGUGGAAAAUAUAACGCAAUUGAUGUAAACAUUGCAUUAUGACGUCAUAUUCAGUGUCGGUAUUUAGCAAAUUUAUAAAAAUAGGAGACGUGGCACAAUCGCGUUAAUCGAGGAGUGAUUAUAUAUGAUUAAGAAAAUAAGAUUUACAUGCUUUUAUGGAUUUUUUGUAACAUCUCUGAACAAUGUGAAUUAGGGUAUACAAGAUUCAAAAAGGAGAAAUACAUGUCCACACACUAAUAUUCGAAUCAACGCCACUGGAACCAAAAUUUUCAAGUUCCAUAGAUCUGGUGCACCUGCAUUAUGAAUACAGAUAAACAAGGUUAUACGGGCAACCUUGAGAAUAAAUCUAUUCCUGAGCUUAAGGAGCUUUUAGCAAGACAAGAAAAUAUCUUAAGGAAAACAAAAUUCGUUUCUAGUCUUCCUGAUAAAGGAAAGAAAAUUAUCGAGUUUAGGAAGCAGUUGCUGGAUUUAAUUGAUAAAAAACAGAGGCUCUAUGCUGGAUCUGAUGUACCUCAAACUAAUGAUGUAAAUACACCAAGAAAAAAUCUUCAGAAAAAUCCAGAUAUCAAACCAAAAUCAAAAUUUUCAGCAAUUCCAAAGGACAAAGUGCUAACAACAGUGAUAAAUGAAGAUGUUCCUGUCAGGGUGAAGGUGGUUAGGGAUAUGGUUUCCAUGGUGAAUGAGACUGAAGUCUUGGAGGCAGAUAAGCAAGAUGACAUGAAAAUUUCAAUGCCAUCAUCUGCUUUCUCUGCAGACAGCACAACAAGCAUACCAAGUGACUUUGCAAGGUUAAGAGAUAAAAGCCAUGAAAGUGAAAAUAGAAGUGACAAUGAUGCUGUAGGAGAAAGACUUGAUUAUCACAAAGGGAACAAAGGAAUGGAGGACACAUCAUCAGAAAUAUCAGUUGACAGUGUGAUUCUGUUAGAAAAAGGAAUGGAGAGUAUGGAUAUUUGUGCUAACAUCUCAUCCUUAGAGCCAGGAGAAGUAAAAGACAAAAUAUUGGACAAUUCCAUAAAAAUGAUACCAUAUUUCAAAGCAAACAGUUCUCUGAAGAUACAUCAUGUACAGGACCUCCCAGAUCAGUACAAAUGGAGGUCAAGGUCAAGUAAUCAAAUCACAAAGCAGGAUACGUCAGGACCACAGCACAGUACACUGAAGGAGGAAUCCGCUGCCAUACCUCCCAAUUAUAAAUACAAGGAGUCCCACCUGAUAUCACUGAACGAGUCCAUGCAGCUACAGCAAGCACAACAGAGCCACCAGGAGGAGUUACAGGCACAGGCUGCAGCAGAUAGACUGGAGAGGUCUCUCAAAACAAGGUUGGAGCCUUUCAACCCAGAGGGGCGAGAUAUGACUUACCGAUCCCAGGGGGAUCAAAUGGACACUGACAGUGAUGAUGAACCAGAAGUGGAAUUUUAUCCAAAUGAUGUUGAUUGACAAAAUUAAAGAACUGAAUUCCCUCGCAGAUAAAUUGAUUUGAAUGAUGAUAUUGGAGUCUUCUUUAUUAUGAGUGUUUUCAGUACCGACACAUGUACUGUUGAAUUCUGGGUGUACUGAAUGUUAAAAAAGUGAAGUGUAUAAGUAUUAGGGAUUGUGCAUGUAAUUAAAUGUGAUUUAAUCACUUUAGAGCUGUGAUUGAGAGCUUUUUGAUGAUAUCCGAAGCUGUGAUUAAAUUUGAUUUAAUGAUUCUAGAGCUGGGAAAGAGAGCUUUUUGAUGAUAUCCUAGGCGGGAAGGAGAUAUCUGGACUUUGAAUUUGUAACAGGAAGGGAGAAAAUGCAACAGACCAGACCAGGAUUCGAACUCGGGGCCCCCUGAAUUUCUAGUAAGGUGCUCUACCAACUGAGCUAUCUGGCCACCGGCAAUUGAACACGGCUUAACGCUACAUUCCUCCGUCCUUAAAUGUCUUCACACCUGAAGAUAUCAACCCAGGAUCUUUAUCCCCUGGCAGGCAUUUUCACCUGUCAGUUCCAGGGGCUGGUCUACGGCACCAAAUGUAACAGGAAGGGAGAAAAUGCAACGGACCAGACCGGGAUUCGAACCCGGGCCCCCUGAAUCUCUAGUCAGGUGCUCUACCAACUGAGCUAACUGGCCACCGGUGAUCGAACCUGUCUGACCGCUACAUUCCUCCCUCCUUAAAUGUCUUCACAACUGAAGACAUCAACCCAGGAUCUUUAUCCCCUGGCAGGCAUUUUCACCUGUCAGUUCCAGGGGCUGGUCACGGCGCCAAAUGUAACAGGAAGGGAGAAAACGCAACGGACCAGGCCGGGAUUCGAACCCGGGCCCUCUGAAUCUCUAGUCAGGUGCUCUACCAACUGAGCUAUCUGGCUACCGGCGAUCUAACCUGGCUGACCGCUACAAAUUAUUUGGACAUUAUCAUGAUGGAAGUUGACAACAUCUUAAAAGUAAUAUUAUCGUGACCUUGAACCAAUGUCACAUGGAAAAUUUAAAGAUUGUAAUUUAACGUCAAAUGAAUACUUUAUACCACAAUAGUCCAUUCAAACAGUUCAUGCUUCCAUUUAUAUACACCCUAAUAUUUACAUUCACUAAUGUAAUUCUGCAAUAAAUCUUAGCAGUUUCAUUGAA